AUGCAUUCCUUCUAUGAGGAUAUUAGUAAGCUAUUUGGUCUCGAACUUUAUGAUGAUGUCAUCACGCUCUAUGAACUAUCAUAUGCUGAGCAAGCUUUAAGUAACAUUCAAGCUGCAACUGUGGUCUCAAUGGUAGCCGAAUCCUAUUAUCAGCAUGAUAGUUUUAUCAAAAGCCAAGAGACUUUUUACCGUGCAAUUACGUUGACAAAGGCAUUGUCAAAACCAGUGAACAAAGAUUUGAAAUUUUCUGAAGCUGAAUUAAAGUACCGACUUCAUCGCUGUUUGCUAAAACAGCGUAAAAGAGAGGAAGCAAUGGGCGUCUUGGGUAGCAUUGCCGAGGAGGAAAUGACUCCAAAAGUUAUAUCAGCAUUGGCCCGUCUACAUCACGUACCUUCGAAUGAUUAUACUAAUCGUGAUAAGGUCAAGACGGUGGGAAAUGCAAUGUUGUACCAUAAAAAAGUAGUUGAAUUAUGUCCAGAAGCUAUCGAUUCCUUAUCAUGCAUCGUACGAUAUGGACUGAAGGAAGGAGUUUGCACAUCUCAUCGUAACCGUACGGUUCAGGCUUGGCUUAAGGCACAAGAAGCUGUUGCUGAACAGAAGCAUUAUGAUGCAAUUUCUCAUCUCUCUGCUGUACCUCCUGGAAAUUUAAAGAUAUUGAUUGAAUUAGGACGGUUACACUAUACUGUGGGAGAAAAUCAGAAGGCAGCUGUAUAUCUACGACGAGCACAUCAUUUAGAUCCUAAUACCUCUUACUCAAUGGACAUUUUGGCAUUUAUUUUGGCACAGGAGCAAAACUAUAAAGAUUUGGAAAAUCUUGCAGCUACUUUGAUGGACGCACAAGAAACUCCUGAAGCUUGGGUGGCAUAUGCUUUUCUUGCUAAGUGCCAAAAAAGAUACGACAAAGCACUGUAUUUCACAGAGAAGGCUUGUAAAUUGGCGGAUUGGCAUGUACAUCCAAUGGCAAUUUUAUUGAAAUCUCUUAUUUUAAUCGAUAAGAAGAAAUUCGACGAAGCUAUAGCAGAAUUGCGUGAUGCUCUCGUUAUCCAUCCUGCUAACUAUACUCUCUAUGAAGCGCUCGUUCAUGCAUUUCUUCUUCAGGAAAAAACUCAAGAGGCUCGAAUUGUUGCUUGUACAUGUCGACACAUUCUUGGUCAAGAUAAUGCUCGGGCAUUAUAUCUUUGUGCUACUUUAGCUGCUAAGGAUGAAUCCACAGUGAAGGAUGCGCAGAAACUUCUGGAAAAGGCAAUAGCGAUAUCUCCUCAUUUAUUAGAUGCUGUAUUUCUCCUUGUGGCCCUUUACGACAAAACACAAAGUUAUGAGAAAGCAAUUGCAUUACUGAAGAAGCAAACUGAGACGACAGUGAAUAGCCGACUUCAUCGUUUACUUGGUGAUUUCCUGACCAAAACGAAUCGUCCAGUUGAUGCAUGCCACCAAUACAGGUUAGCGGUUGAUGGUGAUGCAAGUGCAGCUCAAGCAAUGGAUGCAUUAGAAGGAAUGCCUGGAAUAAACACUCCAGAAUGUUUAACAUCUGUAUCUUGUCCUGGAGCACCACGACGUCGAACUGGUCAAGUAUGUCACAGUGAUCAGACACUAGUUACUGAACGAAACAUUUAA